GCAAUGAACAUAAUUCCUUUUUUAAGUCUAUUUUGUGAAAAUGAGACAUAUAUCAAACAAAAAUUAUAUAUAAUCAUGUGAAAUAUGUAUAAUUUUUUUGGCAGACUGCUGGAUGCAAGGACGCACCCGUUUUGUGCGAAGAGGAUUCACUCGUCUUCUAGAUCAGCUCCUGUAUUUCUUGAGAGGAGUGAGCCGCUUCCAGACCUACCUAGGCUCGUACGGGCAUUCGCUUGUUGGGCCUGUUUGACACUUCUCUCGCCGGCACGCACAGUAGCCACACUUAUAGAAAUAAUAAAGAUGUGUUUCUCAAUAAAAAAAAUAAAGAAGCAUUAGUUAUCAGAAAAAAUCCAGCCCUCUCACCGCACAUCAUCCACUCUGCCCACCUCACAGCCUCGCACAUGUCGCUUCUCCCUGCCGCCUCCUCUCCUCACCACGACUCGCCCUCGGCAUCCUCUCCCCACCACGGCUCGCCCCGCAGCCUCCACCUCCGAUACGACCUCACGCUGCCACCAACGCUUCCGGUCUCCCCUGUAUCGACACUGCCGCCGGUGUCCAACCUCAGCGAUGACGCCAGCCUGCCCGACGUAGCUCCUGGCCGCGGCGGCCUAGAACGCCGAGGUAUAGAAGCCUGCUCCGGCUGCCAAGCUGCCGCCCAACCUGCUCUGGGGGUUCCAUAUGAUACAAGACUCAAAGGUCUAGAUGAUGACAGAGGAACCAAAGGUCUAACACAGGAUGCUUCAAAGUCUCAUUUUAAAAGGUCAACAGGUCAAGACAUGGCAGGAAAUGACAUUGUGAAGGAGUUGGCAGCUUCACGACACCACUGGAUUACAGAUCAAGAACUCAUAAGUAUCAAUGUUUAGUGUGCUGUCAAUUUAUA